AAGACAAGUUGAAGCUCUGUGUUUGUUUACAUCAAUUAAGUCUGUCAGAUAUUUAAAGUUCUUUAAGAUUAAGUGUGUAAACAUGAGUAGUUUUAAAUUUAUGCUGACGGUGUGUAAUUACAGUCGUAGGAUCAUUGGGUUCAAUGCAGUCACUCCUAAAAGAAAUCUUUUCCAGAGGCCGUUGCAGAUCUUGCUCAAACCUAAAGAUGUUAAACUUGUCAAAGUGAGUCGACAAUCCAAAUCCACUGCUGUAGAGGCUGAAACGAGUGAGGACUCCUUUCUGAAAUGGUUUUUGCUACUAAUCCCAGUCACCACCUUUGGUCUUGGAACAUGGCAGGUGAAACGCAGGCAAUGGAAGCUGAAGCUGAUUGAAGAGCUUCAUAAUCUAACAACUGCAGAUCCUGUUCCUCUGCCCACAGAUCCUGCUGAGCUAAAGCAUCUGCAGUACAGGCGUGUGAAGGUGCGAGGCGUGUUUGAUCACUCUCGGGAGUUGUACGUACUACCACGUUCCCCUGUGGAUCCCGAAAGAGAAGCUCAGGAGGCAGGCAGGCUGUCAUCCAGCGCUGAGAGCGGCGCUAACGUCAUCACACCAUUCCAAUGUACUGAUCUGGGAAUUACCAUAUUGGUGAACAGAGGUUAUGUACCUAAAAAUAAAAUUAAACCAGAGACAAGGAUGAAAGGUCAGGUAACAGAUGAACUGGAACUGGUUGGGGUGGUGCGUCUAAAUGAGCAGCGUAGGCCCUUCGUCCCUCACAACAACGUGGAAGCAAAUCGGUGGCACUACAGGGACUUAGAGGCAAUGGCGAAAGCCACAGGUGCUGAGGAGAUCUUCAUCGACGCUGUGUUUGACAGCACAAUACCAGGAGGACCAAUAGGAGGCCAGACCAGAGUGACAUUGCGGAAUGAACACAUGCAGUACAUCAUCACAUGGUACGGGUUGUGCGCUGCUACUUCAUACAUGUGGUAUGCCAAGUUCAUCAAGCACAUUGCUAUCUGAAAGCACUUGGGUUUGGUUCAGUUUUAGAAACAUUUGUAUAACCUAAAGACUAAUGUAGUCAGUGUCCAAAUAAACCUACAUUUUUACAUCCAACCAAACUCAAGUCUCUUUUAUAAUAUGUACAUGUGUAUGACCGGCCUGUAAAGUUGUGCAAGGGGAGUAAAACACCAAAUUGAGGGUAAUUUUAGAUUCAUAUUUUGUUUAGGAGUGUGAUUUUUUUCUACCAAACCUAGUUUCAUCCAGUUUCUUCUGACUGCAACCUCUCAUUGCACACAAACUAAGUAUCUACUAAAAUUAUCAGUACGUUCCACACAACACAGGUUAUCCAAUAUAAAUAAAGAGCAUUAACACA